UGGGGGAGGAACAGACAUGCAAAGCAGCGGAAUCGAGACGUUUCUAUAAGCCCAAUUUCACAAACAUAUCUGAGGUCCGGUCCGACCGCUGCCACUCUGACACCGCCAACGGACCACACCACUCUCCGUACACCACCCCCCCAAUCGACUUCCUCCACCUCACUCUCUCUCUCUCUCUCUGCUUGUCUUCUCUCUCGAGCUGCGAGACCAGACCUGAGAGGAAAGAGCCUUUUUAUGCUGCGGAGGACACUUAACAUGGAGAGACGCAAAGCAGAAGAAGAAGAACGAUAACAACUUACAAGCACGGACGAAGAAGAAGGUGGAGAAGAAGGAAGGUCCUUGCGGGGUGGAGAUAAGGGAAGGUAGCUGGUAGGGAGCUUUAAUGGCGAUGAGAGGCUUUUUAAGACUUUUGUUUGCCACUUCGCUGCUGCUAACUCUUCUGGAGACUUGUUGGGGAAGCACAGUUGGGGUUUGCUACGGAAGAAAUGCUGAUGACCUUCCUACACCUGACAAAGUAGCACAGUUGUCUCAACUUCAAAAAAUUAAGUAUUUAAGAAUCUAUGAUUCUAAUAUUCAGGUUCUCAAGGCCUUUGCAAAUACGGGAAUUGAACUCAUGAUUGGGAUUCCAAAUUCUGAUUUGUUGCCAUUCUCCCAGUUCCAAUCAAAUGCAGACACUUGGCUAAAGAACAGUAUCCUCCCUUACUACCCAGCUACAAAGAUCACACACAUAACUGUUGGUGCUGAAGUCACAGAAAGCCCCAAUAAUGUCUCUGCACUAGUUAUGCCUGCGAUGCAAAAUGUCUUCACUGCUCUGAGAAAAGCUGGUUUGCAUAAGAAGAUUAAAGUUUCAAGUACGCAUUCUCUUGGAAUUUUGUCCCGAUCAUUCCCACCCUCUGCUGGGGCUUUUAAUAGCAGCUUUGCAUUCUUUCUGAGGCCUAUGUUGGAAUUCCUUGCUGAGAAUCGUUCACCUUUCAUGGUUAAUGUAUAUCCUUAUUAUGCCUAUAGAGAUUCCCCCCACAAUGUUUCUCUAGAUUAUGCUUUAUUUGAAUCAUCAUCGGAAGUUAUUGAUUCAAACACUGGUUUGCUUUACACAAACAUGUUUGAUGCCCAGAUUGAUGCCAUCUAUUUUGCACUAAUGGCUUUAAAUUUCAGAACAAUCAAAGUUAUGGUCACUGAGACAGGCUGGCCUACCAAAGGAUCUCCCAAGGAGAAAGCUGCAACUCCUGAUAAUGCUCAGAUAUACAAUACCAAUCUGAUUCGCCAUGUCAUAAACGAUACUGGUACUCCUGCAAAGGUUGGAGAGGAGCUGGAUGUGUAUAUAUUCUCAUUAUUUAACGAGAAUAGGAAGCCUGGGUUGGAAUCUGAAAGGAACUGGGGGUUAUUUUAUCCAGACCAAACAAGUGUCUAUAACCUUGAUUUGACUGGAAAAGGUGCUGUAACCAUGACCACGGAGGCAAAUGUUACCAGUUCAAAUGGAACAUGGUGCAUCGCCUCGUCAAAGGCUUCUGAAAAGGAGUUGCAGAAUGCCUUAGAUUGGGCUUGUGGUUCAGGGAAUGUGGAUUGUUCUGCUAUUCAGCCUAGUCAGCCAUGCUUUGAGCCAGAUAGUGUAGUUUCUCAUGCUUCUUAUGCAUUCAACAGUUAUUACCAGCAAAAUGGAGCAACUGAUAUUGCCUGCAGCUUUGGAGGGACGGGAGUAAAAGUCGAUAAGAACCCAAGUUAUGAUAAUUGCCUGUAUAUGUCAUCGGGGAGCAACAAAAGUGCUGCAAGUAAUGCGACAGCAACUGUUCCCUCAGCUUCUUCCUCCAUACAAAGCGGAUUUUCUACAUGGAUUUCUGGUUGGUUGCUUCUGUUCUUUCUCUGACUCUUCUAAGUGUCAGCACUUUGUAAGCAGUUUUUGAGUCACCCCAGAAAAAAAGGUGGUGGGGGAUGGUAAGUAACAGAGAGAGUUGGUGCAAUUUGGAAUGUGCAUGGAAAAGUAUAAUGCAAAGAUUUUUCUUAAAUUGCAUGAAGCAUGUCCCUGAUGAAAGAGUGAUCCGAUCCACCUAGUUUUGUGUAUGGUAGGUAUUUAGUUGGGAAGCUAUGCAAGGCUAAUCAUGAAUUAUUUCUAGUGGAAUUCUAGGACCUGUAUUUGCAGUUUUGCCCACAUCAAGGUUCCUGAAUUCGAGCUGUGGCUCCAGAUUUGUGUUUCUUGUUUUAUGUCAUGUUGAAGAGGGCUGCAAAAGCUGUAGUUAAUGCCAUGUAAAAUACAUUUUUUGUUGAAAAAAUAGUUCAUAACUUGUCUCAUGUAA